UAGCGUGAGCGGUUCGGUGUGUUCUUAUUAUACAGUCUGCGUAGCGCAUCGGUCGGCUGUUAGUAGCGGCUCUCAAACUCCAGUAGCAGCGGGUGAAGGGAAGCUCAUGGACUCACAUUUUGCAUCAGUGUCGUUUGUGUUCGUGAGGAAAGUGAAAGCGGCUCCAGGGUCCAGACCGUCGUAGGACCCCAUCAUGGUCAGUCCGUCAUGACGGCCCUCAUUUGGAUGCUCACAUGGCUGCCGCUGGCCCAUCCAGCUUUGCUUGAGCUCCCAGCGCCUGUCAAUGUUAAUUGGACCCUAAGCGACUUCAGCUAUAUGCUGACAUGGGAGCGUGGGCCAGCAACACCAACAGAUGUGUACUACAGUGUCACUGCUGCAACAACAAGGGACUCCUCCCUGGCGCCAGUAGUUGGCUGUGAGCGUGUCCUGCAGCCACUUGUUUGCAACAUGACGAAGGUGUUCAAAGAUCCCACGAGCGAGUACAUCAUCAAGGUGGAAGGUCACCUGGAAGGACAAACCUCAAAACCUGCCCUCAUUGAAGGUUUUAGACCUUUGAACCUCCUGAGCGUGCCACAGAUAAACGUCUCAGUCUGCAACAAAACAAGCAUUCGUGUGGACCUUGAGCCUCCCCCGGGCCACCCCCGGGACAUCUACGACAUUCUUCAAUACCGACUCCAGAUCAAAAGUAAAGACAAACCGUUCCACAAGGACAUCCAGUCUCUGGAUAGUGUGAUCUGGGAAGUUCCUGUACCUGGCAGAAAAUAUUGUGUAUCCGUUUGCUUCAAAGACAGCUUUGAGAACAAGAGUUCCAAUUUUAGCCAACCUAAGUGUGUUUUCAUCCCUGCCUUAUACACUCCAGACCCCGUCAUCUCGGCCGUGUUGUGCGUGUUGCUGGUAGUCGCAGGAGGGAUUGCAGGGACCGUCGUAGUUCUGCUGGUCAACGCCGGUUUCAUCUGCAUGAAAAGGGGACCCCUGCCUUCUUUCCUUACAUCCAUCCCUCACAUCGAACAGGUCGUCGUCUCCUCCUCCUCUUCCUUCCUGAAUGUUAAGCUGAUGGCGCCCUCUGCUGAUGAGAAGAGGAGCUGUUCAUCUUCAGAUGAGAGCGAUGAGGAGAACGAAACCGAGGGCGCCCAAGGGAAAGGAAAUUACCAUGUUGGAGUGGGCACUAAACUCCUCUCUUCUUACCCCUCUUCUUUAUCAGCAUUAACAUGUUCAACCUCCAGACCCGAGUCUCCUCCCGGGUUUUCUAAAAACGAUCCAUUGACCUUCCUCAACCCACUCCCCGAAGCCAAACCUUUAACAGACGUUCAUGUUGGAGCUGGAUCGGACCAAACGACGACCACAGGCACGAAUGGUUUGACUAGAGGGAGAAUCAAGGAUGAGGAGUUGGAGGAGGAGGACAACGGCCAGGAGGUGAACAUCUUCACAUUAACCUUUGGUUGGCUGAAGGAAGAGGGCCAGCUGCAUGUUGGUGUGCCAGAGGUGGAGUCUCCUUCUGCCAAAGAAGAGUGUAAAACUUUGGAUACCAAGGAAUUCGCCACAGAUACAGUACUCUGGUGUGCCGAUGUUGUCGAGGAGCAGGAGGAGGAGGAGAAGGAGGAGGAGGAGGAGGAGGAGGAGGAGGAGGAGGAGGAAAUACUUGAGCACAAUGGAUAUAUGGGACGCCCACGAGCAAAUGUUUGACAGACUCUUUGUAUAGAAGUAUUUUAAGUGUUUCUCAUAUGAUUUCACAGUAUGUGAAAACCAUUGUUACCGAGGCGCUGUGGUGGCGAGGCCUGGGUCAUAGUUCCUUUCAUCAGUUUAUCGGUUUAUAUGUAGCCUAUCCCAGUUCUCCUUGGGCAAGGCGGGGUACACCCAUCACAAGGCCAAUGAUGCAUUCAUAAUCACACCUACAACCGCCUGAAAUCACGUGUUUGACGGUCAGCUGGUCUGAGCCGGGAGCACGAGGGAAACGAGGCCACUCGGCUAACCGGUGCCCACGUCUCCUUCUUCUAAAUCCACCGCAAGUCCACUAAUCAAAUACAAGUCAUUCAGAUCCCUCAUUGAGUACUGGAAGAAUUGAGAUUCUCUAUUUUUUUUAAUUAUACUCUGUGUUUAAGUAAGGAAUAUCCUACAAAGGUACUGGAGUUGAUGGAGUACAAAGAAGCACACAGAAGUUUUAAUAAAUAUUUUUAGCGUUUUCUAUGUCGUUAGCAUAAUUGUAAUUUAGCAUCAUUGAUCAAUUGUUAUAAUAUCAAUAACAAAUACCAGUGUGCUUGGUGAAAAUUCAUUUUUUUUCUUGUUUUCUGAAAAACGUUCAAAUACGGCUUAGUCAAUGAUGCUAUUAGCCUUAAGAUAUGUUUCAUAUUCCCAAAAGUCCUUACUUUUAUUAAUUGUUUGUGUCUGUGUGUGGGGGGGUGGGAGGGGGUCGAAGUGAAUUCAUUCGACGUGGACUUUACCAGUCAUUCAAAACCCAGCUGCCCGUCCAAGGCCAUCCAUUGCAAAGUUCUGCAAGCUGGUAUAUGUUUUUAAGUAUCUCUCUGAAAAAUGUUUAGAAACCUUUAGAGCCAGUGGUACAGGGAGCUUUGUUACUGCGGCAUGGUGCAAUUGACAGCCCAGGCCGAAUGGAGUUAGGUGUAGCUAAUAGUUAACAGUCGUCAAGUAUCAAAAGGCAAACUGUGGACAGAAAAUAUUUUUACAGAACAUAACAUGGACUAAAACUGAUCGUUUAUAGGUUACAUGGAGAAACACGCACUUCCAUCAUGCAUAUAAAUAUAUAUACAUACUAUACAAUAUACAGUAUAUACACACAUAUAUGUCACUGACUGAUGAUUGUCACAGGUUGCUAUGUUAAGGCUGUACAUCCUCUUUCAACCACACUGAAACCAAACUUGUGAAAACUGAGUAGCUUUGAAAAAAUAAUGUGUAAAAAAUUUUGUAUUUUUUUAUUAAAAACUAUUGUAUGAAAAAGAAGAAAGAAAAAAGUGUCAAUGCCAGAACCUACUGACUUUUGCUAAUAAUUUGUAAUGGUUUUUAUAUCUAAAUCUAUAAAAUGACUGUGUCUCAA